AGAUUGACAAAUGACAUGAAAUGGAGGAAAGAGAAAACGGAGGAUUUUAUUGAAUUUUUGUUGUUGUUGAUCGGUAUGGAAACAGAAAUGUUUUAAAACGCUGAAUUAGUUAUCUUAACGAGGAGACGAGAUAAGAGCAGUAAUUAUUUAUUUCAAACUAUGACAGAUACACAAGAUGUUACAAAAAACCCGGAUAAAGAAGUGCUAGAUGACGAAGCCUUAGAAAAACUAGCAGUUGAGGAGCUAAUAAGGGAAGCAGUGCAAGGUGCUGCUAGAGCUGAAAUAGUUGGUCCCUCCGGUUGGGUAAAGGGUCCUCAACAGAAGACCAAUAAACGUUUCCUAGUCAACACACUUCGGAAUGCCGUGAGCUCCAACAAGUACAAUACCUCAAGAAGUACCCAUCGGAAUUCUCAUAACAAAUCCCCUAAACACGACAGAAAACCAGAACCGACUAUUAAAAAAGAUAGAUCAAAAAGAAAAUAUUAA